CCGAGUAUAUGAAGAAAAGUAAAUCAGCUGCACAGGGUCGGCAAUAGUGAAGUGUCGUACCCAGAAGAGGUGGAUCGACAUUCCCUUAAUAGCCCCGGUGUUAAAAAUAUACAUAACAUGAAAGCAAACACCGGUGCAGCGUCAUACAAAUACUGUCUUGGCCUUCCCAAGGUCAACAGUCAUGGCUCUUAUCAUUAUAGUUGUUGGAACGUUUCCAACUUUUACAUCAGAGUUAGAUACUGAUUUCAAUAUGACAAAAGAACGAGCAGGCAAAGGUAUAUGUGCGGCGCAUACUUACAGUGGCGUGACCAAUGUAGACAACGUAUGAUCUUUAUUUAUACACACAAGCGACGUUAGACAGCGGAUUGAAGUACAUACCUCUAGUGAACAGACAUUGCACACGAUACUUUGCAAACCAUUUCAUUCCGUAGAAACGUCGAUUGUGGUUUUUCAGACGUCAUGACGGAGCAAUGGUGCUUUGUUGCCGCAAUGUGUUUCAGUUUUGUGUUUGGAUUUACUUUGGAACAUGGAAGUGGCUCAUGCAACGAGAGAUGUUUAUACUGCCAGGGAACAAAGUGUCGGGAAUGUCUCUACGGCUGGUAUGGACGACACUGUAAUGACAAAUGCAGUGAGUAUUGCUGGCAUGGUGGAUGUGAGAGGAUAACAGGACGUUGUCACCAGUGUGUUCCUGGAAGACACUCAGGUGAUUGUACCCAACUCUGCUCUCAUCACUGCAGGGAGAAUAGCAACGGACAGGUCAACUGUGACAUAACGACUGGAAACUGUUUGGAGGAUUGCGUGGAAGGAAGGUGGGGUCCACGAUGCCAGUAUAGAUGUCCUGCCAACUGCAAAGAAAAUCUUUGCUACAAAGAGGAUGGAGUGUGUCUGAGAGGCUGCGUUGAUAGAUUUCAUGGCUUCAUGUGUAAAAGUCAGUGUUCAGAAAGUUGUUGGAACUCCACAUGCCAAUGGUUAAAUGGGAAAUGUACACAUGGAUGUAAAACAGGUUAUACUGGCUCAAAAUGUUCCAAUCCACGCACAAGACACUGUAUGGAUCCUGAAUCCUAUUUCAUAGACGACCAGACAUUGGUGUGUGAAGGUGGAUGUAAGCCUGGUUGGACCGCGGCACACUGUGGAGACACUUGCACGGAGAGGUGUGAGAUAUGUCACCAGUUUGACAAAACAUGCCAGCAGUGUCAGCCCGGAUUUUAUGGAGUAGCAUGUCAACUUGAAUGUGGCAUGAACUGCAAUCAAACACACUGUGACAUGUCAGGUCGAUGUGACAAAGGCUGUAUGGGUGGCUUCCGCGGGGAAUAUUGCAACGAAACCUGUCCGUUCAACUGUUUAACGUGCAGUCAAUGGCAAAAUACAUGUACACUCUGUAAACAAGGCUAUACCGGUGACCAGUGCCUUGAGACCACCAUUCCUGAAGUUGACCCCGCUACAGACGAGGGCGUGCACACACAGCCGAACAUCCAGACAGUACUGCUCCUUGUUUCUGUAGCUCGUAUUAUCAAAACCUGAAACAUAUAAGAACUUGUGUGAUGUAGUGUUCAGGAUAGUGCUUAUCAGGGCGAUCCCCAGGUAUGAAACUCAGGGCAGCUCGAAGAUGUUGUCGGAACUACCUCUCUCACCGGACAACAGUGUGGAACCAAGACUGUGAACACUGUGGACAGGAAGUAGGAGUUCCACCCUUAACUACUGCGCUUCGUAUUGGAGGAGACGACAGAGCUUUCUGGUUCUUGUAAACAAAAAUCCAAGAGAGCUGAUAUUGGCUUCACAACGGAUGACAUCGCUUGUUUCACUCUUAGGCCCGCCUGGUGGUCAUCACGUCGUAUUCCCGGGUUCCAUUCUACGCAUGUGAAGUCCAUUUUGUUGUGCCCCGUGGUCAUAUUUCUGGAAAACUAAAAGGAGCGGCGCAAAAAUGUAUUCACUUACGUUAACUAAACUAUGUACUAGUUUAAAGUCAUAUGGAAUUUCGUGUUACGAUAUCGAAUAAAAUAUCUGUAACUAUGAAUUCAAGCUGAUUAUGUUCAAUGCGAAAAGUCACGUAUACAUACUAUGAUAAAGUGAAUAUAUAACUGACAUUUGCAAUAUUAACACACAUUGUUUAAUUCAGCAACUUUAGCAAGUAACAACACACCUCUCUGUUUGGGUACUUUGUUAGUUUAACGCCGCAAUCUGCAAUAUCCCAGCUAUAUCACGGUGCUCUGUCAAUAAGCGACAUUCUGGACCAGACAACCAUGUGACUGAUUCCUUAGGAGUCGAUAUUUGCAACAGGGAUACAAUCAUAUGCAUGUAGGAAGUCAUCGAAAUGGACCACCCGAUCCCGUUAGUCACCCCUUAAGACAAACAUGGGUUGCUUAAGACCAAAUUCGCACCCGCAUCUUUGGUCAGUAACACAGGAAUACGAAACAGUUGUGUAGGAAUGAUAAAACGUUGUUACAACUGUGUUUCUUAGCGAUUGUGAAAAGAACUAAUGUAAUGUCAAAUGUCACUCAGUGUACAAUACUGCCAAAAGAUAUCAACUGUUGUGGCUGCUGAUGUUGAAAUAUGUGAGAGCUGCAUCAUUCACUGAUGAGAGCUGCAUCAUUCACACAGACACACAUCAGAAGGUCGCUGGUUCGAUUCCCGGCCGCUGCAUGCAAAACUACGGUAGUUGUUGUUACCGAGCCUGGUGCAUUAAGGGGCUAAAACUGAGUGGGAUAUCCCAGACGGAUACCACAGUAAAACAUGCAUUAGUCCAGACACAUACUCAUGCACGGACGUCUGUACAUUGUUCCUGUACAUUGUGUAUUUGCUUAUCAUGUAUUGUAUAGCCAAUAAAGAAGUUUGUAUUUCCUCGUCUUUCA